CGGGGCCGCGCUGGCUCCCGGCGGACCCGGCUCCCGCCGGGCUGCGCGCAGCGGGGCGGCCCCGCGGCCGCGCCGGAGGAGGGGGCGAGCGAGCGCUCCGCGGGCGGCAGGGGAGCGGCGGCACCAAAAAACUGCAGCCGGCAGCGCGGCACGCAAAUCAGGAGGGAGCAGCGAACAUCACACCAGAGCCGCCUGGUUUCUGAUUGCUCCGCGGCAGAGGGGGAGAGACAGAGACUGACUGAGAGGGGCGAGCGGCAGAGCCGGGCACGGCGGCGAAGGGUCGGGGAUACCGCCCUGCAAGUUUCCUUGAUGCAUCCGGGAGCGUGAGGAGGAGUCGCCGACCCUUCUCGCCCUCGUCGCGCUCCACCUGGGGAACCUGAAGCCCCUCGGCGCUGCAUCCGGCCGGGGAUGCGGGGCACCGUGCGGCGCGGCCGGGGGAGGAGGCUGCUGCCGCGCAGGAGGCUGCUGAGGCUGCCAGGGGCGCUCCUGCGGGGCUGAAGGUGCCACCGGCCCGAGCCGGCGGAGGGAGCGGGGCGCGACCUCCCCCGCCGCCGCCGCCACCGCCUGGAAGUUGCCGGAGCUCUCCCCGUCCCCAGCACCGCCGCCCCUCGCGGCAGGGCGGCAGCGGGGGUCCCGGCGCCCCCGCCCGCCCUCGCCCUCCGUGCCGCCGCCGUGCCCCGGGAGGCCGGCGGUGGCUGCGCCCGGCCCGGCCCGCGCAGCCCCGGGCGGCAGUGCAGGCGGAGCAGCCCGGCGGGGCGGCGGCGGACCCCGCCGGCCUGAGGGAGCACGGGCAGCCUCGGCGGGCCGAGGUCGCGGGGCGCUCGGCGGGCACCAGCCAUGGGGUGUAGUGAGGUGAGGGCACUGCUCUGGAGAGUCGGCCUCCUCCUCCCCCUGCUGACAGCGCGCCCCGCCGCCGCCGGGCACGUCGCCAGCAACCACGUUGUGUUACUUGAUACUACAACUGCCCUCGGAGAACUAGGAUGGAAAACAUUUCCCUUAAAUGGGUGGGAUGCCAUAACUGAAAUGGAUGAACACAACCGUCCCAUCCACACUUACCAGGUGUGCAACGUGAUGGAGCCCAACCAGAACAACUGGCUGCAAACCAACUGGGUCUCCCGCGAUGCCGCGCAGAAAAUCUAUGUGGAGAUGAAGUUCACCCUGAGGGACUGCAACAGCAUUCCCUGGGUGCUGGGGACUUGCAAGGAAACGUUCAAUCUCUACUACAUGGAGUCAGAUGAGCCUCAUGGAGUAAAAUUCAAGCCAAACCAGUACACCAAAAUUGAUACCAUAGCUGCUGAUGAAAGCUUUACCCAGAUGGACUUGGGUGACCGCAUCCUCAAGCUCAACACGGAAGUUCGUGAAGUUGGGCCCAUCAACAAGAAGGGAUUUUAUCUUGCUUUCCAGGACAUUGGAGCAUGCAUUGCUUUGGUGUCAGUCCGUGUCUAUUACAAGAAAUGCCCUUUCACGGUCCGUAAUUUGGCCAUGUUUCCUGACACCAUUCCAAGGGUGGAUUCUUCCUCGCUGGUGGAAGUACGGGGCUCCUGUGUGAAGAGUGCUGAGGAACGGGACACCCCAAAAUUGUAUUGUGGGGCAGAUGGGGAUUGGCUGGUGCCUCUGGGACGAUGCAUCUGCAGUGUGGGAUAUGAAGAGCUGGAGGGUUCCUGUCAUGCUUGCAGGCCUGGAUUCUAUAAAGCUUUUGCUGGAAAUGUGAAGUGCUCCAAGUGCCCUCCACACAGUUUGACUCACAUAGAAGCAACUUCUGUCUGUCAGUGUGAGAAAGGUUAUUUCAGAGCUGAGAAGGACCCACCAACUAUGGCAUGUACCCGGCCACCCUCUGCUCCGAGGAAUGUGGUUUUUAACAUCAACGAGACGGCGCUGAUGCUGGAGUGGAGCCCCCCAAGUGACACGGGUGGGAGGAAGGAUCUCACCUACAGCGUGGUGUGUAAGAAGUGCGGCUCGGAUGCCAGCCAGUGUGAGAUCUGCGGCGGAGGCAUCCGCUUCAUCCCGCGGCACACAGGGCUCACCAACUCCUCCGUCACCGUGCUCGACUUCGUGUCGCACGUCAACUACACCUUCGAGAUCGAGGCCACCAACGGUGUCUCGGAGCUCAGCUUCUCCCCCAAGCAGUUCACAGCCAUCACGGUCACCACAGACCAAGAUGCACCCACCUUGAUAGGUAUGGUAAGGAAGGACUGGGCUUCCCAAAACAGCAUUGCCCUCUCCUGGCAAGAGCCGGACUUUCCCCAUGGAGCAAUUCUGGACUACGAGAUCAAGUACUAUGAGAAAGUCUACCCACGGAUAGCGCCGGCAUUUUGGCACUACCUGCGGGUAGAAGAGCAUGAGCAGCUCAGCUAUUCCUCAACAAGGUCCAAGGCUCCAAGUGUUAUCAUCACAGGUCUCAAGCCAGCCACCAAGUAUAUAUUUCAUAUCAGAGUCAGGACGGCAGCAGGAUACAGCGGCUAUAGCCAGAAGUUUGAAUUUGAAACUGGAGAUGAAACUUCUGAUAUGGCUGCAGAGCAGGGACAGAUUCUUGUAAUUGCCACUGCUGCUGUGGGUGGAUUCACUCUGCUGGUCAUCCUCACCUUGUUCUUCCUCAUCACUGGCAGAUGCCAGUGGUACAUAAAGGCCAAAAUGAAAUCUGAGGAGAAAAGAAGGGCUCAUUUGCAAAAUGGACAUUUACAUUUCCCAGGACUCAAAACUUACAUAGAUCCAGACACUUAUGAAGAUCCAUCUCUUGCUGUCCAUGAGUUUGCGAAGGAGAUUGACCCUUCAAGAAUUCGUAUUGAAAGAGUCAUUGGGGCAGGGGAGUUUGGAGAAGUUUGCAGUGGACGUCUGAAGACACCAGGAAAAAGAGAGAUCCCUGUUGCCAUAAAAACUCUAAAGGGUGGCUAUAUGGACAGGCAGAGGAGAGAUUUCCUGAGGGAGGCGAGUAUUAUGGGACAGUUUGAUCACCCAAAUAUCAUUCGCCUUGAAGGAGUUGUUACAAAAAGAUCCUUUCCGACCAUUGGGGUGAAGUCUCUUUCGAGAUUCCUGAGGGCGGGAUUUUUAAAUAGCAUCCUGGCCUCUCAUCCAGUGGCAGGGGGUGGAUCUUUACCCCCCAGCAUUUCCUCUGGCAGACCAGUAAUGAUUGUAGUUGAAUACAUGGAGAACGGAUCCCUUGACUCCUUCCUGCGGAAGCACGACGGGCACUUCACAGUGAUCCAGCUGGUGGGAAUGCUGCGGGGCAUUGCCUCUGGCAUGAAGUACCUGUCGGACAUGGGCUACGUGCACCGGGACCUGGCGGCGCGCAACAUCCUGGUCAACAGCAACCUCAUGUGCAAGGUCUCCGAUUUUGGCUUGUCACGGGUGCUGGAGGACGACCCCGAAGCUGCCUACACCACAAGUGGUGGAAAGAUCCCCAUCAGGUGGACUGCUCCCGAAGCCAUUGCUUACCGCAAGUUCUCCUCCGCCAGUGACGCCUGGAGCUACGGAAUUGUCAUGUGGGAGGUGAUGUCCUAUGGAGAGAGGCCCUACUGGGAGAUGUCCAACCAGGAUGUUAUACUGUCCAUUGAAGAGGGCUACAGGCUUCCAGCUCCCAUGGGCUGCCCAGCUUCUCUUCACCAGCUCAUGCUUCACUGCUGGCAGAAGGAGAGGAACCACCGUCCCAAAUUCAGUGACAUUGUCAGCUUCCUGGACAAGCUGAUCCGCAACCCCAGCACCCUUCACACCCUAGUGGAGGAUGUACUUGUAAUGCCAGAUUCACCUGGUGAAGUUCCAGAAUAUCCUUUGUUUGUUUCAGUCAGUGACUGGCUGGAUUCCAUAAAAAUGGGUCAGUAUAAAAAUAACUUCAUGGCAGCAGGUUUCACAACUUUGGAUAUGGUUUCAAGAAUGAAUAUUGAUGACAUUAGAAGAAUUGGAGUUGCACUCAUUGGACACCAGAGACGAAUAGUCAGCAGUUUACAGACUUUGCGGUUACACAUGAUGCACAUACAGGAGAAAGGAUUUCAUGUAUGAAAGUAAUAGAGCAACUGUGUUUUGUGCCUCAGCAUUUCUAAAAUGGAAAAAUAUUCUCAUUCUUCCCUCCUGCUCUUCCCAACUUCAAGAACUGCAGUCUCCAGUUCAGACUAUACAAGUACUUCUAUGUUAAUGCUUCCAAACCGGAAAUUUUUAAUCACACUGCACAGCUCCUCCACCAGUUCUCUGCCGAUAAAAUCCUGGCCUACUGCAAGACUCUUGCUACACAUUGAUGAAUAACUCAGCAUGGAUGUGUAACUUUGUAUAACAGUAUUUGGGAAACUUUCAUGGACUUACUUGAAAGUAGUAAUCUAUUUGGCCUGGUGUGGCUUCUUUAUCGAUGUAUUUAGAAUUUGCUGGUAGAUCCAAAAGUAUUUGACUUCUUUCAUGUUCUGUGACCAUGUAACUUCCAACACCAAAUGUGCAAUCAAAACAAAGUUUAACAUAAAUAUUUAUUUUAUCUCUUAAUUAAAUCCAAAAGUAUGUGUCCUAUCAUUAUAUUACUUUCUAAUAGUUUGAAUGCUGGUAAGCUGGUGCCUCAAAACAUUAGUAUUGUUUGCAGAAAUGACUGAUGAUUUUAUGUAGCAAGUUUUCAUUGUGUGAAUAAUUGGAAGCAUAGUGAGAGUAAUCCGUUUGAAAUCUUAAGGAAGGUUCUUGAUUUUCGAUUACUUUAGCACUCGACACUUUUUAUGCUUUAUAUUUUAGAUUCGGUUGGAAAAUUUGUUUAUCCUUGAGAUUCCUCACCACCCUACAACUCUUUUUUUAUUUUUUUUCCUAAUGUAAUACUCAGCAUUUGCUUCUACUACUGGAAAAUUGGUUGUAGUUCCCAUGACCACAUUUAAAACACAGUUGUCAGCUCUGUUGUGGACACACAGAUUUCAGAAGAGCCUUCUGUUUCAAACAUGCAGGUCUCUGCUGUUGGAAAGGGAAUCAUCUCCAGCAGCAGCAGAGCUCAGAGGGCCGGCCAUGGGUGGGGUGAUGGGAUCAUUCCGGUGGGAGCAGGCCGGCCAUAUCCUCUUCCAGCCAAGGGCAGCAGUACAGCCCCACUGCUGCUGGAAGUUACAGGCUGCAGGAUGCAGUGACCUUGCACAAAGGCAGAAAAGGAGAUGCAGGACAGCAGUGUGGUAACAUGUUGCCUUGAGCCUACUUCUAACUGCUUUUAGAAGUUAAAAAGCAAACUCUGCUGAAAUGGAGCUCUGGUCAUUCCAGGCCAGAUCUUCAUUUAGUACAGAUCUCUAAAGGACAUCCGAGGUUUUACCUUUAGAACCCUUCAAUAGCCAUAUUUACAUGCAAGAAAACGUCAGCAAAGGCCUAACAUAAUAUUUGUACCUCUCUAAGACUUCCAGCUUCCAUGUUUUGUUCAGACAACUGACACAGACGUGCUGGGCUACAUUUCCAAACUUUUGCAUGGGAUAUGCACUCCUGGGAGCAGGGGCAGGACCGCAUGGCCGUGCUGUGGGAACCCCACGCAGAUCUACAAUGCAUGUCACAUGUAACCCUGUGCAGAUGCUUCUCUUCAUUCCUGUGUCCUUUGGAGGGUAUCUUUGAGUUCCGUGGCAUUCCAAUGUACUCAAGCAUUGCAGCUCUUCUGUUAAAACGUGCAUUUGGGUAAUCAGUAUAAUCUAUGUGUAUAUCAAAAGGAACUAACUACUUUGUGUAAUCAUAAUGGUAUUUACUGCUUCAUUUACAGCUUGUAAAUCACAAGGUAUUUCCUAAGUCUUGGAAAAGGCUGCCAUUGUAUAUCAGUGACAAAGAAUGAAAAUCAGAAAGCAACUCAGAAAAAAGAUUAUGCUUCCAACCAGAUCACAGAGUAAGACACAAGAGGCCUGAUUCCCUGUUGUCAAUUUAUGUUGGAAUAAUUGCAUUAAUUUAGGUGAGACAGCAGUAAUGCACUAAGUAAAUUUUUCUUUCUUUAGUUUAAAAAAAGGCAGAUGUAACUGAGGAACAAGUUUUCUGAAGAUCAGGAGUCACUGGUGUUCUACAAUGCCAAUUUGAUGAGCUUGUUGAAAGAAGGGCAGCUUCAAUCCUAUUGUAGGUCCAAAGGUAAUUUUGUCAGCAGGAGUAUUCCCACUAAAGUCCUAAGUCCAGCACAUUGAUGUGAGUUUUGCAGGAUUACAGCCCUUCAGAGUGGAAAAAACCAUUUGUUCUCUUCUGUCACUAUCACUUGAAAAAUUCUGCCUGAAUUCCACAUCUGUUUAAUUUUUUGGUAGAGGUGCUCUUACAGAAAGAAAACCAUACUUACCUGAAACCUUUUGAAAAAUACUGACACACCACAGAGUAAUUUAAAAGUGGAUUUUGCUUCAUCAUUUUAUUAUCUAUUUUGCCUAUCAUUGCUUUCAUGGCCAACAACAGGACAUCUAUGGAAUGAGCCUUUCUCACAAUUAAAUCCAUUACUGAGGAGGUAUGAGUCUGUUAUUUGUUAAUGGGGUUUCAAAAUCAUUCAUAGCUGAUCCAAAACAUGUAUGUGCACUUCUAGAUUGUCUUUUGCCAACUUUUUUUGUUCCUGGUAGUGAGGAUGCAGAAUUGACAUAGUUAUAUGCACACAACCUGGAUAUAUUUAAUGAAAAUUAAUUUCUAAAUUUAUCACACUACUGAAAAUAUUUUUUCAAUACAAAAAAAUAUAACAAAAGGAAAACAUUUAUUAAUCAGAUAUAUUUUUAUAUAAACGAGAGUUUGGGAAAUCAGAAAGGAAAGAACAAGAGAUUCUUUGAGUGAGCACAUUUGUUAAUAACAUUGUAAAUCCAGGAUUUUGUGGCUUUAUACAGCUUGUUUUUUCUGUUGUUGUUGCUGUUGUGGUGCAGUAUGACACUUUUCUAAUAGUUAUCUUGAUGAAAUUUACAUUUUCCCCAUUUUUGAAAUGUUUUAUUUGCUCUUGUGCUGAUUCCUAGUCUAUUCUUACUUUAGUUUAGCAAUUUUUUCAUAUUUUUAAUUUAAAAAAAACCAAAAAAACAUUCCUAACAGGUGUUAUUUUUCAAAUGUGAGCUUAAAUCUGUACAGGCCACAAAUGUAUACGUGAAAUUAAAGUAACUUUCUUUGUUACAGGAAAUUCUUUCUUCAGGAGCAAAUUAGCUCUAAUUAUCCUGCAUACUGCAGUGUGCAGCUGGAGUUUAAAUUUGAUAAAUUAAAGCAAAUUUAAUAGGCUGGUUUUGAGAAUCUGGCCCACAUUACAGAAUGCUUUAUGACUAAAAGUUCCCAUUGAAAGUUCACGAAGUGUGCAUGAUAUGCAAGCAACAAAAAAAAGGUGUCAUAAUGUGGAUAUAUAUAAAGAAAUAAUUCUUACCUGUUUCUCUGCAUUCAGUGACAGCUCAUCCAUUCAGAUAUCUGUGCUUGGUCAGAUGAAUUUCAUGCCUUAAUUGUAUCCAGUCAUUUUGCUGAACCUGUGAAACAGAGAGGGUCUUGUUCAUGAUGUUCAUGGUGUUAAAACUGAACAAGGCACAGCAGAAGGUUCAGUAGAAUUUACUCAUGAGGUGUUUGUACAUUGGAAUUACUGAGAAACAACAGGAAGCCAUGAGGCGAAAGGAAGAGAAUUGAGCCAUGGCAUUUAAAUUUUUUUCAAACUAAAUUUCCUCUUUUUGUUUCCUGUGAACUUAAAUCCAGUCUCUAUCCUCUGAAAGCUUAGAAACAUGCCAUGUUUCAGGACAUUGAACAGCAUAAAGCAUUCCUUUACUUGCAAAUAGUGCACUCAACAAUAAAAUAAAUUAGUUAGUAAAUUAGUCAAAUAAAUUCUGUGUCCAAUAUUCUAUUAGGUAUUGCUUGGAUUAUUCUGACACAGAACUCAUAGACUGCAGUACUUUGGUUUUUACAUCACUUAAGACUGACUAUCCGUUUGCCAUUUUUAAUAUGAGCAUAACACGGGGCUUCAUUAAUUUCUUUUUCAAUGCAGAUUCCUACAGGAUUCAAAGAUGGGUCAUAAGUAACAAACAGACCCCCUUUAUCCUGAAUCAGCUGAGAUUUACCAUGAGGAAUAGCUGGGACUGUGGAGGUGCCUAGUAAGACUGCUUUACCCACAGCAAAUUUCCAUGUCAGAAUGACCCCAUGGGACCACAUCAGCCACCAAGGUAAAGCAGCACAGAACAUUCUUGACCUUGUAUUGAAGAGCAGUUCCCCAUUUCCAGCUGGUCCUGUUGUAAACUGCUGCAGUUAUUGAACUGUUUUACCUCAGCUGAUGGAAUGGUUCUAUGGGACACAUUCUGGCAGCUCAGAAUUCGUUUACGAACACAGGGUAUCUCUAACUACCCUGUCAUGGGCUCACUCUGUCUUGGAAUAUUCCUUCAGAGAGUGAAAAGCAGGAGUUGCCUCUAAUCCAGUCCAACCUUUCUUUAGUUAAAAUCAUUAUAAAAAGUCUGUCUUCCAUUGCAUUUUCCAGGAAAAGUACUAAAAAUAGACACUUGCGGCAUUUGCACAUGGUUGAAGAACUCUGUAUUCCAUUAAGCAGUUUUCUUCCAGAAUACCCUUGUUCACCAAUUGUAAUGAAUCUUUCCUGAAUAAAUGGAAAAAAUAAUUUCUUUUUUAUAAUAGUACUAUAAUUAUUUAUUGAGAGUGAGGGAAAGAUGUGUUGGGCUGGGCUAACUCUUAGAAGGACAACAAUCUUGAAAUCUCCUGGGCAGACAAAUUAAUCAGCUCUGAAAAGGAAAAAAAAAACUCCCUAAAACCUAAAAUAAGGUAAAGAGGGAAGAACUGUCCAUACUAUGCCAAGGAGCUCUAACAAAAACCCUUGAGUUGCAUAAUACAGUGCCAAGUACUUACAGCUGGCAAAAUUUUCCACCAUCACAUCCUAUAUUUAGUAGUGCACACUGCCCAUCCAUGAGUGUUGUAUAUAAUUCCUCAGAUCGUGGACCAGGAUAUGGUGAACCAUUGUGGUUAUAAAAUAUUUGUCUAUAUGUACAUAAAGAAUUGUAAAUAGAAUGUAUAUCAUAAUAUCAAAUUUUUUAAACCUACAGAAUUAAUUACCUAUUACCAACAACACUAAUGGGGUUUAUUUGCUCCAUUUGCUUUUCAAAAUUUUUGUGCCAUGCACUGUGUGUGAAUAGUUCUUCCCAAAAUUCCUUGGCUUGUUAGCUGGAAAUGGACAGCCUCUCUUUUCCUCCACUGGUAGAAAAAAUAUUUUCAAACUGGCUCAGAGAAAGCUGCUUGCUCACCCUUCUGCUGCCACCUCACCCAACCCCUUCCUGCUGAUUCUCUUCCACUCAGCUAAUUACUGGAGAAAUUAGUGAUCCCAAAGCGGAAGCAAGGUGCCCAUGAGCCAGCAGAACUAGCAAGAUGGAGUCCAUGCUAUAAAGAGUUUUCAGUUCCUCUGCUGAAAUCACCAAAGAUGUUUACAGAGUAUAUGAAUUGUUUUCUUUUAAAUGUCCAUUUAUAGACACCCAGGAGGUUAAAGUGAGGGAAAUUUUCAAGGGCAUAUAAGUAGGGAUAUGCCAACAUAUAGCAUAAAAAGGUAAGCUGACUUUUAGAAGGGAAAAACAACAGCAGUUGAUGAAAAACCUAAGGUUAAAAAUGGAUUAAAGUAUAUUUCCAUAUUUUAUAUGUGAAAUAAGGUAACACCAGUUCAGUGGAAUCAAUUUGUGUGUGUAUAUUUCUUUAAAUAUCCUGCAUGAGUAUAUCUUACUUUCCUUUCCUGCAAGAGAUUUCCCAAGUACCUAUCUCUUCCAGAAAGGUUUAGCAUAUUAUCUGAUAUUUUCAUACCUGAAUAAUUAAACUGUAAUAAAAAAUGCAAGUUCUGGCAGUGAAGAUAUGGGGGGAACAAUAGAAUUAAAAAGAUCAGUCUCAAAGUAAUUUAAAGUUUUCACAUCUGUUCUGCUUUGUUCCUGUCCAAAAUUUUUACCUGUAUCUAUCUGAGAACUUUGACUAGUUCUGCACACAUCUCAGUGCCACCUCAGAAACUCCUAAAUCUGUAAACACUUCUGAGUUUGUGCAGCUUAAUGAAUAUAAAAAGGCAUAUUUUACAUGGGACUUUAUACAAGACUGAGUUAGGCAUAAUCAAAACUCAAAAUCCCUAUAAAAUAUCUGUAAGACACCAUGAGAUAAGAUAUUUUGCCUUAUUGUACUAACACCUCUUCAUUUCUGACAAUUCAGUGAAGAACUGGUCAGGACCAGCAUGUAUGUUGAGUGGUAGGUAAGCCAAAACCCUGAGACUGAAAACCCACAAAUUAAAGAGAAAUCCAGGUCUCUUCAUUCUGAACUAUGGAAUGUCAAGAGACUCCAGAGAAAGUAACCCUGAAUCUAGAAUCUGGAAAAUCAGGUUUGGGAGAAAUCUGCUUUGGAACCCCAAUAUUCCUUUCUGGUUGUGGAUAAUGGAAAAGUGCCCAAUUAAACAGUCUAGGGACUAAAUCUGCUUUGGAACCCCAAUAUUCCUUUCUGGUUGUGGAUAAUGGAAAAGUGCCCAAUUAAACAGUCUAGGGACUAUUUCCAUAGUAUUAUCACCACAUAAUGUUCUGAGUGAUAAGAAGGAAAAAAAAUCUAUUUUCUGACCUUUCAGGUUCUAGCCCAGGACAAAAAAACAGGCACAGUUGUCCUAAUUGAUAUUGGAAAGUCCAGCGGACAGAAUUCUCAAUGACUAAUUGUUCUUAUAGCUACAUACUGACUUUCUUGAGAGGAACCUAAAUAAAUAAUAAAGCAUAGAAAUCUCCAGUUAAUAUUGGCUUAGAAACCGAGUUUUCAGUUUUCCCUCAUUCAGACUGUUUUUUAGCUAAAAAUUAUUAAUAGGAAAAAUGAAAAGCAUAAUAGGAUUAUUUUUUUUUCCUGUAAGAAGCUGGGUAUUCUGAGCUGUAUAACUUACUAUCACAGUCUCUUUGUGUAAAAUAGGAUUAGCUGAAAAAGACAAAGUGCAGCCAAUGUUCCAAAUCUGUAGAUUGUCACUAAUUGUCAAUUUGGGAAGUUCCAUUUUUGUCUUGGGCAAGUUCUGCUCUACCACACCCGGUAUUUCCAAAUCCUGCUGAAUGAUUUUAAUUAACAUCCUAAUUAAUUCCUGGGAGUGUGAUGUGACUGUGAGGAAUUAAAAGUUUCUGUGUUAACAGGCAAUAGUGUUGCUGUGAUCUAAAAUCAUGAGAGUUUGUUACUGACUUCCAUGGCAGUGGGAUUAGCCCAAUGUCCAUAUUUUCUGUAGGUAGGCUCCAGCUCUGCAAACCGACUCUCCUUUCCUGCACCCCACUACUGUCAUGGUUAAUUUCUUGUUAGAGAACCAGCAUUUAUUGGGAAAUGAGCUGUCUUGUCAUCCAAAUGGAUUGCUAAAAGUUUUUGCUGGUUUUAAUUGUUGUGUUUCAGGAUGAGAUGUAGGUUGGUCCCUCAGGGCAUGAUCCAAAGUCAGCUGUAUCCAUAAGAAGAGGUCAAGUGAGUGAAACAGGUUUUGAAUCAAAGGUUUCUACAGAUUUUCCUGGAACAGAUGGCCUCAUUUAAUGGGGAGAAGACAGUGCACUGAGCCUAAAAGACAAGGCGGCUACCUCAGGGAUGUGAUCAAGUAAGCUGUGGUUACCUUCAACAUGGAAAAGGUAAAAGGCAAGGUACAAAAGUUGGGUGCUGCAGUGUUUGUUGUUUUCUCUGGCAUGGAUGGUCAACUCUGACUUUGGAAUUAGUUACCUAAAUUACCUACACAUCUAAUAGGGUAUCUAGCAGAAAUUGUCUGGCUUUGUGGGUUUUUUUCACUCAGAUAAUUUCCCAAACUUCUGGAUUUAAAUUCAGGAUGAAACCACCAGCCCCAUCAAACAAAUAGAACUUUACUAUAUUUCUUCUUUCCUAAACAUAAAUCAAGAUGCAAUAUGGUCUCCCUUUCAUAAUACAAGUUCUGACUGAUGAUUUGCCUCCUUGCACAAGCUGCUUCAUACUCCUGAUGCACGGCAGUCUAAGUUUUCAGAUUUGCCAGUUAAUGAAUGGCCCAAUAGCAAAUAAAAUAACAAAUGCCCUCUUAGUGGUUCCAUUUUCUGGAUUCUUUUACUAUAUCCCUAUCUGGAGAGAAAACCAUCCCACUCCAAGAUUCCUAAUAAGGAAAGCUGUAAGCAUUUUACAGCUUAAUGGCCAUGAUUCCCUAUCUGCCUCUCCCCAAGAAACAGUGAGCUUUGAAUUGGCCGUGUACCAUUUUUACUACCAUUUCUUCUGCAGCAAUUUCUUCUCUCAACUCUUCUAAGUAAGGUUGAGAGGUCUAUUUCACACUAAAAGUGGGAAAAGUUGUUUCUUUGUUAACUCUGGUGAUGGGAUUCAGUGUUUGUUGCUCUUACCCAGAGCCUUCCAUCUGCUUCUGUUGAGGCCAAUAUCAACAUUCUCUGGUGGUAUCAGUUACAUCACACACAGCGCUGCCGUGACUGAAAACCCAGAGACACAAAAAGGGCUCGUUCUUCUCUGGUGUGGUAUAAAUCCUACUGACUUCGGGAACUUCUCUGCACUUCUCAGGACUGCGCCUGCAGUUUAACAAGAAAAAAAAAUCUUUAAAAGAUCAUGUGAAACCCUGUUUACUGAAAGGCAAUAGUUUAUUUUCUAGCAAAGCAACAUUCAUUGAUCUAGUUGGAAUUAACGGUUUUAAUUUUGUCAUCACUUUUUUAAGGAAAAACAAACCACUUUGACUUUCAGAAAAAAAUACAAAAAUAGUAUUUUGCUAUCUUCCAAACAUUAGCUUUGAUUUACUUUUGGAAGAUAACGUGGUUGGUAUGUUUUCUCAGGAUAGCCUCAAUCUAUUUCUGUGUGUUGGUUUUAAAUGUAUAUGAAUUAAAAGGGGUUUUAAUCUCUGUCUCUUCUGUGAAAUUAGAUUGUACAAAACUAAAUAUGACUGCUCUUCAUAGUUUGCUGUUCUAGCAUAGCCAUAAAAUGUAUCAAUGUAUGUGUAUAUAUGAAUAAAUAUUUGAUGACAGACACUUUAGAUUAUAUAUUUAAGCAGCCAUGUCAAAACUUCAGAGGUAGAUGGCUUCAAAAGCAAUGGUAUAGUCACAAUACUUGCAAAUCAUUUUACAAAAUCAAACCAUGGCCUCAGCACAGAUCUCAUAUCCCUACCAGUAGUCUGAAACCCACCUUUUCUUUAAAGACCCCUGCUAAGCUUUGUUUUGCCAUUGCUUCUUUAACCAAGACAUAUUUGAAUAAUGACAACUACCCAUGGCUCAGUCUUCAGCACUCAUCUCCCAGCAGAGCCACCCUGGUGCUGCAGUACCAGAGGCUCUGAGCCCCUGUGGCUCUGGAGCCGCUCCUUCUGGGAGAUGAACACUGCACAGCCAGUGUCGAUGCUUCCCCCUGGGACUGCCUCACUCCCCCAGAUUAGUUUUCUUCACCUAAUACAUCUCCCAUACACAUCCCACUGCAUUUUCUUUUUGCCUGUUUGUAACGGUACCGUAGGAAUAUCCAUGGAAUAAAAAGCUUACCCUAAUGAUUUGCAGUCCCAAGGGGAAUUUACAUUAGACAUGAAGUUGUCAUUAUUUACUGAAAAGUGGUGUUCUCUUCUUUUCUUUAUUAUUAUGAUUCUAUUCCUAUGAUACUAUGAUGUUUCAUGUAAAUUUUCAUGUGCUGGCAUGCCUACAAGUUAAUAGUGUAAUAGAAUGCUCAGCUCUCAACAUUAGAGUGUUUUUAAGGUGAAUUGCAUCACAUAUGCCAUCUCUUUGCAGAAAGAAUAUGGGGUUUGGCAAAACUACCUGCUGAGCAACAUAAUGAGAUUUUUGUACAAAGUACAAGUUAUUGAUUAUUAUUGUAUUUUAUUUUUCUAUGAUUUCCUAAGAGGCAUUAUCAGGUCUUACAGAUGGGGUAAGCCUGUUUAAUAAGAUAUUUAUUAGCAAAUAAAAGUUACAGUACUGGUGGUUA